ACACACACACACAGAGAGAGAGAGAGAGAGAUUAGAAGUGUGAGAAGUUGUUUCCACCCUUUUUUUUUAAAGGAGGAAGUGGCCGGAUAUUUACCGGCAACCCCAACAGGAGUCACUGAAAAGCAACAGUCACACAGCCUCAUACACAUUUGCCUAUACAUACACAUCUAUUAUGCUUGCUAACAGACAGACAUGCUCUCUCACAACUCCAUCCAUACACCAACUCAAACAGGUGCAAAUACAUGCACUCCCAAAUAUAUAUAAAGUUUGCACCCUACACACAUGCACUCAUGUCGUACAGGCAUGCGCACAUGGUCUCACACACUCCGAUACAAACAGAUGAGAGGGGAAGCAUCGAGUCACACACCCAUCCUCAUUCAGAACACCAACAUGGAGUUUGACUACCAGAUGCUGAAAGAUGCCGAAGGCAGACAAAGAGAGGAGCCUAUUAGCACCCUGCCCAUUCCAAUGGCACGGCCCUCCGCUGCGCAAGACCAGUGCGCCAGCCACAAACCCCCGGUCAAGCCCCGCCGGAGCAUUAAGUGCCGCCCUGCGACACAAGAAUCGGGGCCUCCCAACCCUCUGGCCAGUCAAGCAGGACAUGAGGUGGUGGUGAAGCGGAUGUCCCCGGCAGUGAUGCUGGGCACCGCGGGGCCCCUGGAGGCCCUGUCCCCAUCCCUGCGUGCUCACACGCUGCUGUGGUUCCACCGGAGCCAGCUGCCUCGGCUGCAGACGCAGGGCCAGCCCCUGCCACGCUGGCUGCACGGCUUUGCCACACGCAGGGAAGCAGAGCAGUUACUGCAUGAUCAACCAAUGGGCUGCUUUUUGCUGAGGUUGAGUGAGUCCAAGAUUGGCUUUGUACUGUCAUACAGGGGCAAAGACAGGUGUCGCCACUUCAUCAUUGAGGAAGAGGAUGGUGCUCUUUCAGGGAAAGCGGGGAAAUAUCUCAUUGCUGGAGAAAACAGUCGCCAUUGCAGCCUUGAGGAGCUCAUCACUUACUAUACCCAAAAUCCUGUGGGGCCCUUUGACGAAAUGCUGACAGUACCCUGCACUAAGGCUAAUGGUCUGAUUGAUGACAUCGUUAGAAAAAGGGUGGGAGAUAGGGAGCAAGGAAAAGAACCAUGCAGUGCAGUCUCGCUGCCUCCAGCACUGGCCUCAGCUCCACUGGCCUCAGCUCCGCUAGCCUCAGCUCCACUGGCCUCAGCUACGCUGCCCGAGCAAAGGGAGGCUGCGUCCAAGGACGCACCAGAGUAUGCUGUGGUGAGGAAGGCCCUGAGGAAGAGCAACUCCCUGCCAGAGUCUCCAACUGUGCCUAACACAGCACCACCCUGUUUACAGCAGGUGUUCAGUGCAGUCUCAAGUCCUAAAGAGAGCACUGUGUGUCAUGACAGACCCAACAGUGAGAGUGUCACCCACUCCACCGACAAUCCCACUAAUGUCCCCUACGCUCGUGUCAACAAACCUCCGAGAGCCAUGGCCCAGACCCCACAGGCCUCUGCCAGCAGUUCAGCCUCCGGGCUGCAGGGGGCGAUGGUCUCCUCUGCCGCGACAUCGCCACAGGCCUCAGCGGAGCAAAAGUACUGGCAUUUGGAACCAGAGCACACCUACGAGGAGACUCCUGCCACUGCCACUGCCACUGCCACUGUCACUGCCACGGGCGAGCAAAUCGAUUUCUAUGCCAUGGGCCGGCGGAGAGAGGUGGAGGGCCGUGAAGGAACUUCUGGAAAUCAUGUCUACUCUGAGGUCAACAUCCGCGGCGCUCGGGAGAACCCGACUCUCACCCCAGAGCCUGCGCCAACUAGAGCAAGCAACAGUGCUACAGUUCCUGCUUCUUUUAGGACUGUCCCGAACCUCCCUGCUAGACCACCCCCGAGACACACCAAUACGUUUUCACGAGUAGAUACCAGUGUGCAGAACUUUGGUGGGCCUCUCCUGUCGACCUCUCCAUCAAGGUCUGGUCACUUCCCUCCCCACCCCUCUGGCCGACCUCUCCCCACAGACCCCUCAGCCAUCUACGAGCAAAUUCCAGAAAGGUCGUCUGGACCACGACCACCUCUGCCUCCACCCAACCCCAAACACUGAUUCCCGCCCUGUGAGCCCGGCUCUGGCCCUUUAGAACUACAACAGGAGCAUUGAGAUGAACUUCAACUUUUUUUGACAGGUCUAAUUAUUACCACAAAAAAAGGACACACUGACUGCUAUUUUCAAACUUCUCAGUGGUUUCCGAUUCGGGUAAAGACCAUUAAAACGGAAAUGCAGCAAAAAACAUUCCAGCAGUAGUAUCAAGAUUUUUGGUGUUAAAGCUGCACUCCUUGAUUAUAACCCAACAUGCAAAUUCAGAGAAUUUCUCCACAUGGUCUGUUCAACACAUGUUGCAAAAGACAAAACAACACAGUAUACCAGCCACUCAGCAACACUGCUUCAAGAGUCAAAUAUCAAAUCACACACUCAAGAAUCAUCCAAUCACCAUUCAUCUCCACUCCAGACUCUCGCCUUGAACGGAGUUUGAUUGAACUCCUACCCAUUGUCACCUCAGUCUCUUUGACACUUGUUUUAAAUACAUAAAAACUUCAGAUCGACACCUUAGUGCAUUAUGCUUCAAAGACUCUUGGCUGUCUUUCCACAACUUAAAAAAAAAAGUGUUUGCUGGUCAGCAUUUCACACAUCAACUCGGGUUGUGUUCACACUCAAACUAGCCAUAGUUGUGUAUAUGUACUCCACCUUUCACCCGAAACUAAAUGUGGACCACUAGCAUGUCACAGUUCAAGCCAGAAUGUUGCCUCUGUACACACACACACAUACACACUUUAGAAGAGCAUAUUCAAGCUUCUGUGUAUAGUUGAGUAGAAUCAAUGGAAGCAUGUCCAAUUUUAAUCUGUCCAGAGCUGCACAGACAGAUGCAGGACCUGGCUUUAUGUAGCUAGGCUAUGUCUAUGACCGUUUAUGUCUCUUCAUUGUCAGAUGUGGUAGUAAUUUAUCAAAACCAGCAUAUCACAUGACAUGUGAAAAAUGAAUACCAAAUAUUUAAUAAAAAUAUACAAAAGUC